AUGAAAAGAAAACGUGACAAAGAUAGAAGUGACGACAAGAUAAAAAAGAAAAUAAGAAAACUUAUGAAAAAAGUUAAAAAACUUUCAAAACAGCAGGGCCAGGUACAGGAUUUGGAUGCUGAGGCAUUAGCAGUUCUGGGUGAAAUAAACAUAGAACAGAAAAAAGGUCCACCUCUUCACCCUGAAAUUGCUAACAGAUGGACACCCAUUCUGUGCAAAGGCCUAAAAAAGGAAGAUAAGAGAGAGCUUAUGCAAAAAUAUAUGCCAUUCGAAAAUGUGCCAAGUUUAAUAGCACCAACUUUGAAUCCUGAAUGUAUCUCAGCAAUUUCAGCAUCUAUGCUAAAAAGGGAUACAAUUAUUAAAGAAAAACAAAAACAAAUUGCUGCAGUAUUGACUGCUAUUGGCUCUGGCUUAGGGUCCAUAUUAAAGAACGGAGACAAAAUAGAAAUAAUCCGUAAUAUAAAUGAUGCAUCCAAACUAUUAUGUGAUUAUUUUCAAUCUGAGAUCAAUAAUAGAAAAAUUUUAAUUACUAAUGCAGUGAAUCACAACCUUAAAGAGACUCUAAAGGGUGACUCAGAUAUGUUCUUAUUCGGAACAAACUUAGCAGAAAGAAUAAAGAAUGCAAAAAUUAUACAGAGAUCUGGAAAAGAUCUGAAAGAAAAACAGGAGCGACUUAAGGGGCCAACAAAGAUUUUAAACUGGCGGGGCCCUCCUCAGUUGAGCACCAGGCUGGGGGGGAAGAGAGUAACCAAGCCCAAAAACAAGCAGUAG